AGGCAGAGAGAGUUCGGCGCGCAGGCAACAUGGGUCGCGUACGCACCAAGACGAUGAAGAAGGCGGCGCGGGUGAUAAUCGAGAAGUACUACACCCGCCUGUGCAAUGACUUCCACACCAACAAGCGCGUGUGCGAGGAGAUCGCCAUCAUCCCCAGCACCAAGGAGACGCUGAAAGUGCUGGACUUUGGAAACCUGCCCAACCUGCAGGUCACUCAACCUAUUCUGGGCAUGGACCUUACGGUCGACGCGGAUCUAAAACGCAUUCGUGUUGUCAAAAAUAAAACGAUACAAAUCUGAACAAAAAGAGAGAGG